UAUGUCCGUACCUUGCUCACUUUUCUUGAUGCAAGACCCGGAAGCGAGAGUUUUGCCAUCUGCACAGGCUAGCUGUUUCUUUAUGCGACGAAGGCACAAAAUAAUCGAAAAAACAUAACAUAAAAGGUUAUAAAUUGAUAAUAAACGACGUAGUUAAAGGACAGAUGCGCUGCAUUUAAAGAUUAACAACAUUGUAAUUCACCACGGAUACUGUUAAGACUGCUAGCUAGCUAGCUAUUUAGCCAUCUGGCAUCUCGCUAACAGUAGCAGUUAGUUAACGUUAGCGAGUUAGUGAUUGGUGAUGGCUGUGGCACACAGAGGUUGUGUCGUGGCUGGAUAUUUACUCGUAUUACUCUUGGCUGGCUGCAAAGCAAGGAUACACAAGCUCACACUGAAGGAUGAAACACGGGUUACCGUCGACCUCAACAACUUUGGCUUCUUUGCUAACGCGACUCUGGAUGUCAACCUGCUUUCUCUGCGCCUGCCAGAGGACGGGGUGAACUACAGCAAGUACCCUGUCGGUUUCAGCCUCUCCAGGUCCCGUGUGAGUGGAGUCUUGUCCUACACAGCAGAGGAGACACAAGAGACAUGCCCGCUCACUCUCCCAAAGCCAGCCAAUGAUGAGCCUCUCAUUCUUUUUCUUAUUGAUAUCGUUUCUUGCAGUGUCAAUGUGAGAGUUAUGGGUGCCCAGGACAAUAUCUUGAUAGCAAAGACAAAGCCUGAAACAGAUAAAGGUCAGAGGAAAACCAGGGAUGCUCCUGGUAGUCCUAUCGAUACACCAAGUGAGGGUAAAACAUCAGAGAGUGGGACCAUCAAAAAUGCUGACCAGUCAGGUGUUAAAUCGAAUCAGUUGAACAAAAAGGACGAUGAUGUGAAUGAGAAGAAAGUUGAUCCAAUCGAAGAAAAGGCGCCUGCAGAAGAAUCUGAGAAAGUGGAGGAAGAGUUAUUCGAGCUAAAGAACCUCGACCACAUGACCUUAGCUUUGGGUAAUUUUAGCGGCUCCUACAACUUCAGUUUCCAGAUGUUGAUCGGCAAGCUGGCGGAGGGUCUGUACAGUCUCAAGUUCCACUACUGUAAGAACAGGGUGGCUGGACCAAAGUUACCCUAUUCAUUCACUGUGGAGGUGACUGAGAAGAAUCCAGGCGGCUACCUGUCUGCAGCAGAAAUUCCUCUCUCUCGCCUUUAUAUUGGUAUGGCUGGAGUCUUCUUCACCGCUGCCAUGAUCUGGGUGUACACACUCAUGAAGCACAGGUACAGCGUGUUUAAGAUCCACUGGCUGAUGGCAGCACUGGCCUUCACCAAAUCCACAUCAUUGGUCUUCCAUAGUAUCAACUAUCACUUCAUCAACACUGAGGGGCAUCCUAUUGAAGGCUGGGCUGUCAUGUAUUAUAUCACACACCUGCUCAAGGGGGCUCUCCUGUUCAUCACAUUGGCACUGAUUGGCACCGGCUGGGCUUUCGUUAAAUACAUCCUGUCUGACAAGGAAAAGAAGAUCUUCAUGAUUGUCAUCCCCCUGCAGGUCCUGGCUAAUGUCGCCUACAUCAUCAUUGAGUCUACAGAGGAAGGUUCCAGUGAUUACUAUGUGUGGAAGGAGAUCCUCUUUCUGGUCGACCUCAUCUGCUGCGGAGCCAUCCUUUUUCCUGUUGUCUGGUCUAUCCGUCAUCUACAAGAGGCUUCUAGCAGCGAUGGCAAAGCUGCCAUGAAUUUGGAGAAGCUCAAGCUCUUUCGGCAUUAUUAUGUGAUGAUUGUGUGUUACAUCUACUUUACAAGGAUCAUAGCUAUUCUGCUCAAGGUCACCAUGCCAUUCCAGUGGCAGUGGUGCUAUGAGUUUCUGGUCGAGGUGUCUACUCUGAUCUUUUUUGUGUUGACGGGCUACAAGUUCCGACCAGCGUCCAAUAAUCCCUAUCUUCAGCUUCCCCAGGACGAGGAGGACGUAGAGAUGGACGAAGUAGUAACUGAGUCUGGUGCACUGGAGGGUAUUUCCAAAGUCAAGAAAACGUGUAAUGGACGCGAGCGCCAGAAAGAGUCCACCUUGUGAGCGGGAAGCUGCAUCUUUGGUGGGGGACCCACUAAACAUCCCUAGUCCUGCUGGUAAAAAGGGAUGCACAUGGACCAAGGCUCCCCUACCCCCAAGUGAAGCUUACCUUUUGAAACUCUGUGGUUGCAGUGGUCGUGCCCACUGUCUGGCUAUGCAAAAAAAAAAAAGGACUAACUUUGUUGGACACUCCCAAUUUCUUCAGAACACCUCCACCCAGAAACGCUGAAUGGUUUCAGAAGGAGACGGGCUUGUGCCACAUGGAUGGGUGGAGAUAUGGAAAGGAGCUCAGAUGUUCUUAGUUUCAUUUCUCUCUUGUCACACUCUCUCAGACUCUCUCUCUCUUUCUCCAAAGAUAAAUACCAUUUUAGAGAAAGACUUUCCGUUGUAUUUAUAUCAGUUAUUUAAAACGGUACUUCUGUGAGCCUCUUAGCCGUACCUUUUGGUGUGAUGUGAGUACACGUGUGUGUGAAUGUGAUGAAACAACACAGGAUUUCUUCCAUUUGGAGACAAUAGCCCAUACUCGGGUAAAAGGCUUAUUGGUAUAUAUUUAAAAAUUAGGCAACAAUCUCAACAUGUUAAUUCUCUUUCCCUCUAUUCGGGGGUCUGUAAUGUCCCAUUGCUCAUUAUACAACUUCAUCAUAUCACCACACAAUACAGUAGAUGUCACUUUUUUCUCAUAUAUUUGAUUUGCAUAUUGAAAUAUAUGGAUGUAAAAGGUUGUAUAUUUCAAUAUAUUUACUUACUACAAAUUGAAAAGUUAUAUUUCAGUAUUAUUGUUUGUGUUGGAGAGGUAAGAGCUCCUUCCAGUCCGUCACAUGGACUGCUAUUGUAAUUUAGUGCUUUAGUGGUUGGGGUCAACUCGCGUCCCUGUGAAUUCAGCUCAGGUGGUGACAUGUGGACCUGUUAAUGAAUUAAAAGGUUUUUAUGAUCAGUCUCUGAAAUAACCGGAGCAGUGGCCCUAAUUGUGUUCAGCGGCAGCCUUGUUUUCUUUUGCCUUUCUGGCCAUGCUGUGCUGUUCCAGGACAUGACCUAACUGAUCAUUUUUGAAUUUCUCUGCUUUUGGUUUUACCUUCUUGCUCUUGAUGUGAAGCUUAUUUUAUUAAUUAUUGAUGACUUAUUGGUGAAAGAUCAGAAAUGUGUGUGUAGCUGGGCGGCGUAGGUAUUUGUAAAUAAUUUACAGAGGAGGCACAUAACACUUUCAGAAGAACUGCAUAGAGGCUUUAUAGACAGUGCUUCAGACCGUAAUGAGGCAGGUUCAGUUUCAAAGAGAUUUUUUGAUUCCUUUUUAAUAAACAGGAACAGGAUUCAUGGAAAGACAACUGAGUUUUAACCACAGUCCUGGACAGGGGUGUCUGACAGAGCUGCACUCUGUUUACAGUGUUAAUGUGUCUCCAGGAGCUGGUGUGCUGCCCCUGGGUGGACAGGAGCGAACAGUCAGUAAUCCAGUUGAGCAGAAAAGGUUUUGUGCUUGUUACAGAGGGCUGUUUGAUGUCUGUUUGAACUGUCACAAUAAAGCUGGUGUUCUAGAAAGGUCUCAAAUGAA